GUGUGCGCUCAGUGUGCAACGAGCUGUAGCGGCACCUUAAAGGGCUGGCGUGAGAAAGGAAGCGCUUAGUUUGGAAAAGACCUUUAAGAUCAUAAAGUCCAACCCGCAUCUGUUUUCAGCCUCUUGUCAGGGAGUUGCAGAGAGCGAUAAGGACUCUCUGAACCACCUGUUUUCCAAGCUGAGCCCUCGCAGCUCGCUGAGGGUGUUCCUCAUCAGACCUGUGACCCUCCACCAGCUCUGCUGCCCUUCUCUGGACGUGCUCCGGCACCUCCGUGUCUUGGAGAGAGGCCCUGAGCUGAACCCAGCAUUUGAGGUGUGGUCUCACCGGGGCCGGAACAAUGGUUACUCUGUGCCCACGCACAUAAGGCACAUCUCUUUCACUACCACCACCUUCCCGUAGAAUGUCAAACCCUCCGUACUUCAUGAAGUCUCAAAGUCUUCAUAAAGUUCUUUUAUUCUUCCAAGUGUACACAGUGGGCCAGAGGACAGAGAGCCUUGUGCAUCUACAGAGCUCUGGUCAGCACAGGCAUCUACCCAUCACUGGGCACUGGAGGAUACAUGCAGGAGAAACAGUAUGGAUGUCCCAAGUGUGGAAAAAACCUUAUUUGAAUCUUUUCUUCCCGGACGAGAAAGAAGUAGAAGGACAAACCUUCCAAAAAAACCAACAAAAAACUGCACAGUGAAAGAAUCGGUUUCCUUCAAUCCCUUGUUCCCAAAAGAAUGGAUAAGCUGUCUGGCUGCCUAAUGUACAUAGUGUGAGCCAUUAGAGUCUGUUAUGUGACAGUCACUACACAAAGCAGAAGAGAAUGGUUGGUCUGGUUUUUAAUCUGCUGGAAGAAGACCUUGUUUCUCUCAGCAUCCAGAUUGUAUCUGUGUCAUAAAAAUGUAUGCUGUUGGAUCACCAUGGCAAGGAGACAGCUCUGCACACACAGGAUUUGCACCAGGGAAUUGUGGUUUACACUAUCAACUUGGAAUCUCGCUAUAUACUGAUACAAGGAGUUCCUGCAUUAGGUGUUAUGAAGGAAUUAGUGGAACAAUUUGCAUUAUAUGGUGCCAUUGAGGAAUAUCAUGCUCUAGAUGAAUAUCCAGCAGAGCAGUUUACUGAAGUGUACCUUAUAAAAUUCAAAAAACUGCAAUGUGCAAGGGUGGCCAAGAAAAAAAUGGAUGAACGAAGUUUCUUUGGUAGUUUGCUGCAUGUGUGCUAUGCUCCAGAAUUUGAAACAGUCCAAGAAACUCGAGAGAAGUUGCAGGAUAGAAGAAAGUAUAUAGCAAAAGCAACAAAUCAAAGAGAUUGCUUUAUGUUAAAGAAAGUAGAAGGCCCUAAGAAGACAGCCUCAAAUAACUCUGAGCAUGACUGUCCAUGGAGUACAUCAGGAUCAAGUAUAGCCAGUAACUGGGAUCCAUCCUGCUUUACAAGUUCUCCUGGGGUAUCCCACAACACAGCAUAUCCAGCUGGGAAUCAGAAUCAGAGCCUGUUAACACCUCCACACUAUGAUAACAAUUGUGCUGAAAUUUCUGGGUACUUUGGUCAAAACACAUCUUUAACUCCAAAUGUACAUCCAGGAGUGUGCACUCCACCAGCUUCCUUAAUGCAGCACAGAAAGGUUCCAGCUUGCAAUGGAAUUGACAGGUUUAUGCCUCGUACAACUCACCUACAAGAACGUAAGAGGAAGAGAGAAGAAGGUAACAAGUUUUCCCUCAUUGGAACAAGUGAGGACAAUACUGAAGUUGUUAUUGGUCCACAACUACCAGAAAUACCUAAAGUGGAUAUGGAUGAUGAGUCUUUAAAUACUUCAGCUACAUUAAUUCGAAAUAAACUGAAAGAGGUAGCAGAUUCUGUUUCAACAUCUGUGGAAAAGCCAGAGAGCAGCUCAGCCAAACCAGUUGUAAAGCAGAGAAGAAGAAUAUAGAUACUGCUGGCAGCAUCUUCCAACAGUCCUUUUGUAAAGAAUAUAGUUUAAAAUAUGUAUUUUUUAAUUUAAAAAAUAAAACUUUCUUUAUACUCUG